GUGGUUCUGGGCGGGUCCAGGCCUGGUGCCAGCGGUGACACAGUCAUUCCUGCAGCCGCUGACACAGCACACACACACACAUACACACACAGACAGACCCCAGAACCAGAACCAGGACCAGGACCAGGACCAGGACCAGGACCACCGGUGACAUGCCCCAGUACUCAGACCUGGAACAGGCCAUCAACACACUGGUCACACAGUUCCACUCUGCUUCAGCCGACAAUGGUUCCACCCUGAAAACGGAUGAAUUCAAAGGGCUUUUAUCAUCCCAGCUCCCCAACCUGGUUAAGGGCUGUGGCACAGACCAGGGACUAUCUGAGAUCCUACAGAAGAUGGGUGUAGGCGAUGGAGAGGGAAUCUCAUUCAAGCAUUUCUGGACCCUGAUCCAGAAUGUGGCCACCUCACAGCAUGGCCUUCUGAGCGGAAACCCAGGCUCAUCAUGCAGCUGCAUCCUGCUGUGAUCAACCAGACUUGGAGAGGAAAACCACUACAUCACAUGGAACACACACAUCAGUCAAAGCACAAGUCGAGGCAAAGCAAAGUCUCAUCAUCAUAAAUUAGUCUCCAACAUUUAUGUUUAAAACGUGACUUUUUUUAAAAUGCUAUGAUCUCAUCUUACCAACCUGCAGGCCUUUCAUCAUCCUCCUGCAACAUGUUUCUUCAAACUCAUACUAGCUUUAAACUCUUCAAUCUCCUGAUGAUACCCUGUUUCCACCAAGGUGGUUCAGUGUGUGGUUCGCAGCCAGUGCUUACAGCUUAAAUCAGCGGUUCAGGGCAGGACUGUUACAAACAAGACCAGAUAAAGGUUCAUAGGAUGGUCAAGUUCGUGUAAGAGACAAACUGAAUUCUUUCUGGGUAAGGGAACAUACAUUUCCCAAAGGGCUGUUGACAGUGGGCGACAGACUGCUUGGUCUUGAAUUUACCUGGGAAACGUGCUAGUUAGACAUUAAUGGAAGCUCCUAACAUUAAAACAUUCUUAAAACAUUUUUCAAGGCGGCUGAUAAAUUGACUUCAGAUUUGAAAUUUCAACAACUACGAUGUUGCUUAAGAACAUUUUAAAGCUACAUCUUAUGACCCAACAACUGUAGUAUUUUGAAAAUGGUAAUCUAGUCGAUAGCAGUAGCAGUAUUCCCCCAUGAACAUGUGCAGAAGCAUUAGGUAAUGGAAUAACAUUUCUAUAAGGUGGAUUUCAGCUGCUCGAAAAACAAACUGGUUCUUAGAAGGUUGAACAUUGAACCAAGAAUCGCACCAGCCCAAAACCAACACUACAUUUUUGUUGGAGGAAAAGGGGUACCAUAUUCUGAUCAGUCUAAAGUAUACUUGUAUUGCUGCUUAUGCUUAAUUCUGGCUUUAAUCAUCUCAGUGUGACUACAUCAGUUAACGUCAGUGUUUCACUUUAAAGGGACCAACUAUUAGAAACAGGAACAGGAGGAUAAAUAACCCACUGCUGUGGCAUCAUCACUUCACAGACAUACAUAAAAUUAAUGCAUUAGCGGUAAAAGAUAAAAGAUAAUGAGCUUAGGAAAUGGAAUAAAACAUCUGCAUAGCAACAGUCAUGUCAGUGUCUAAUAAAGACCAAGCUAAAAUCAUUACAGUUGUCUAAGUGUUUUUUUAAUGUCAAAUCACAUAAAUGCAAAUAAGGCACAUUAGUGAGAAACCUACAACAUUAAACACAAGGUCACAUUAUGAAAGAAAUACAAGUUGAGUUUUUGUCAGAAUUGUUGCUAUGUUAGCAGUGAUAACAUAAAAUUAACAUCCAGUAUUAAUUUUGCCUGAAUCUAUAAGUAAAGUAUGGAACACUAAUUAUCUGUUUGAUCUCAAAUGUGUCAAUAACACUACAGUGUACAAACAUAAAAGAAACACCUCAAACACACCCUAUGUGCCUUAUAGUCCCUUUAUACUUACCCCGUGUGUUUUUACACUUUGUAUGUAUUUAUAUUUUUUUAAUUUCUCUCUCUUCUGAGCUAUGUGUCACCACAACUGAUGUGAUGUAAUAAACAUGGAAAGAAAGCACCAUUA